AUGUCAGGCUCAGUGACUACCAACGGCAUGCCCGAGAUCACUUCGAAGGUGGUGGAAACACCACUCCUCAUCAUUGGUGCGGGGCCAGCCGGUGGCUCAUUGGCGUGCUUCCUUUCCCAUCCGCCCUAUUCAAUGACUGGUAUUAUGAUUGCUGCUGCAGCGACAACCUCACAGACACCGAGGGCGCACAUUACGAAUCCAGCCGCUUUCGAAUGUCUCCGGGAUAUCGACCUAGAACAAACUUGCCUGUCCCAAGCAGUGGAGGGCGACUGUAUGGUUCACACCCGCUGGUGUCAUGAUAUGACUGGUGAAGAGUAUGCUCGAAUUUAUUCGUGGGGCAAUGACCCGAAAAGACAUGGAGAAUACGAAGCAGCCACUCCUUGCCAUCACGUCGACUUGCCUCAAACGAUUUUUGAGCCUAUUUUGGUUCAGCGAGCAUCGGCUCAAGGCUGGGAUGUCAGGUUUCGGACCAGCUUCGUCAGUUACGAGAAAGAACAAGACGGAAAAAUCCUGAGUCGAGUACGAGAUGACUUGACUGGCGCCGAAUACUACAUCCGCUCUCAGUAUCUGUUUGGGUGUGAUGGAGCACGGAGCCAAGUCCUGCGACAGGCCAAGAUCCCGUUGAUCAGAAAGCCAGGCCAAGGAUUGGCUUUGAAUGUCUUGGUCAAAGUGGAUCUCAGUGAUUACGUCGAGGCCAGGAAGGGAAACCUACACUGGGUAUUUCAACCCGAAAAAGAGUACCCAGACUUCGCUUGGAGCGGGUUGAUCAGGAUGGUCAAACCCUGGAAUGAAUGGAUGUUCAUUCUCUUCCCCAAACCUGGGACAGAGUGGAAAGAGCCAACCCGGGAGCAAUACCUCCAAAGAUGCAAAGAUAUCGUUGGCCGAGAUGACAUUCCCUUGGAAAUCCUUGAUAUCUCCAAAUGGAACAUCAAUGAGAUCGUGGCAGAGUACUACUCCGAAGGAAACAUCUUCUGCCUCGGAGACGCCGUGCACAGGCACCCUCCCUUCAACGGUCUAGGCUCCAACACCUGCGUACAGGAUGCUUUCAAUUUGGCAUGGAAGAUUAAAUACGUCACCCAGGGCCUUGCGUCUCCCUCUAUUCUCGAGACAUUUAGUCACGAACGGCAACCCGUUGGCUUGGGUGUAAUUACCCGAGCGAAUCAGGGUAUCCGGGAUCACGUUCCUGUCUGGAAAGAGAUGGGUCUGAUGGAAGAAACACCCGAGAAGAGAAUGGAAAUCCUCAACAGUCUCAAAACAGCAACACCUGAGGCCCGGGAACGGCGAAAGCGAGUCAACGCCGCAAUCGAGUGGACGAGUCAAGAAUUCCAUGGUAUCGGUGUGGAGAUGAAUCACCGCUACGAAUCGACAGCCGUGUACCUUGACGAUGAGAUCAAGGCCGGUACUCCCAAGCCUGAAUGGCCCGAAGAUGCUGUUCUACAUCACAAAGUCAGCACUUACCCCGGUCAUCGGCUGCCUCAUGCAUGGCUGAAUCGAACCCUACCCGUCAAAGAUCACACCUCGACAAUUGACUUGGCUGGGAAAGGGCAAUUCUGUCUACUUACCGGUAUUGGAGGCGAGAAGUGGGUCGAGGCUGCCGAGAAAGUUGGCACGGAGCUUGGUGUGCAGAUCAAUGCCCACACGAUCGGAUGGGGACAGGAAUGGGUCGAUGUAUAUCGGGAUUGGGAGCGCAAGAGAGAGAUCGAGGAAGAUGGAUGUAUUCUUGUCAGACCCGAUCGGUUCGUUGCAUGGCGAUCAACAGGCCUUCGAGAUGACUGUACCGAGAAGUUGAGCGAAGUCAUGAAGAGAGUCCUCGGACGGUCAUAG